AUGAUGAAGACUAUUCUUACCGCAUUGCUGUUUUCUGCCGCUAGUAUCUCCGCCGAAGGAACCCUUCGACAGUUGAAUGGUGACAAGACCAGUGGAGUAAUCUUUACAAUGGCAGACUGCCCGGGCAAGUGCCUUACGUACAACUCAACUGGUGCCGUUGCCCUUGACGACUGUACAUUCGAAGGUGGCGACAAGUAUUGGACCAUUGAUCACAACUGUGGAGGAAGUGAUAGCUUCUUCCAAAUCAAGCAUGUCAAGACACAAAGCAACAAGUGUAUUGCUGAUCCUGAUGACUGUUCUUCCUGCAACCAAGGAAUUUCCCUCGUUGACUGCGAAUCUGACCGAGCUGCCUGGUUCAGCUACGGGAAUCUACACAAGACUGGUCCCAAGGCAUACAAUCUAUACAGCGCCCGUUGCUGGAUGAAUGAAGGCAAGAUCAUGACUCUAUCCACUCCCAGUAUGGAUGCCAAGACCUGCCCCGAGAACCAAGCCAAGGGUGCCUGCGAACGGAUAGAGUGGAACGUCGACCGUUUCGCCAAGGAUGUUCUGUACUACGAAUUCUCCAUGAAUCAAGUCAAGACUGAGUGUGACGACGCUCUCUUCAUUCAAUAG